AUGACAUCUCUCUCUAAUGCUUCAUGGCAGCUUUUCUCUCUGAUUCUGAUCGCGUGCGCCACCAUCUCGGCAGCUCCAACACCCAAGGGAGGAGGCGGCAGCGCUAGCCACAGUAGUGGCGGUGGUAGUCGCGGCAGUAGUGGCAGCACCUCUCAUGCAAGCUCUUCGGGAACGCCGACUUACGUUUAUAAUAUCGGCGGUAGGAAGCACUGUUAUUCAGAUGAAGCGCACAAGAACGAAAUUUCCUGUCCGAAAUCGAAGUUAUCCCAGGGAGCUAUCUUUGGCAUCGUCAUCGGCUCCAUGGUUGGUGUUAAGAAUCAGGGUAUUUUGGCUAAUACACGAGUUACUGAAUACUCGAGUAAAACCUAA